UUUCUCUUUCCCCGCCGUCUAGUCACCUCUUUUAUUCUUUCUGACAGGUCGAAUGCCAUGUCGCUGGAACCUACAAUGACGGCUUCAGCAGCCAUGCCUAGUGCUACCAGACAAGUGGACGACCAAUCGCCAUUGUCGAUGAAGACAUUUACAAUUCCUAUCACACUAGCUUUUACCAUCGUCGGAUGUGUGUGCAUCGGGGCAAUCAUAUUCUUCCUCAGGAGGCGCCAGUGCGACAAGCGGCGACGCGAGCAGGAGGAAGCCGAAAGGACAGCCGGUGAAGAUGCACGUAUCGAACUGAGCGUGCGGAACAAGGUGUCAGAGCUGCGACUGAUGGAUGAAAUGCAGUUCGGUAUGCUACAUGUCGAGUUUGCCCAAGGCCAGUUGUUCUAUGCCGAGCGCACGGCGCGGGAGCCCGAUUCAUGUGCUGUAUGCCUGGUCGACAUUCAGGCCGAUGAUCGCAUGGUCUAUCUACCGUGCGACCACGGGUACCACCAAGAGUGUGUGAGACUGUGGCUAGUGCAGAAAUCUGAAAAAUGCCCGUUGUGCAAAAAGUCGGUGCUUGCGGGACUAGGUAUGUUGACUGCGGUUUGCAGCACUAGGGAUAGUGAGUAUGAUGGUGAUAGAAUGCACAGCGAGGGUUAGAGCAAAAAUAGAAUACAUGCCUCGCUACGUUUUCGUAGACAAAUACAUGUAGUAUGUACCGGCGGGCAUACGCCACAUAUACU